AGACGGAUAUACUACUCACACAUUGCAUGACGUAAACGGAUAUUAAAGUGGCUCGACCCACUAGACAAGGAGCCCGACACGAUUUGUUCUCUUCCGUUCUUCUGAGAAGAGGUCUUCCGAGUUAUCAAAUCGUGUGUAUUCGGAAGACAACAUGGCGGAUGUGACGAGUGUGUUGACGGGUGUUGGCGUAGCACUUUCGUCAAUUCUGCUGAUUGAGGGCCAGGAAGUGGACAGUGCAUUCAAUGAGACAGAUAUAGUCGUUCUAACGGUCGCAGGUGCCACUUUAAUCCGGGAUGAUCGAGUGAAAAUAUGUGGCUAUGUUGAUGUUGAUAACUAUCUACCUGAUCAGUUCAAGAGCAUUUUUAGACUUUCCCGAGAAACUUUUCAGUUUGUCUUAAGAUGUUUAAUGGAUUGUCCUGAGCUUGCCAUGAGUCAGAAGGGAGCUGGCAGACCUCAAAUUCCAUUGGAAAAGGAUCUUCUUAUGUCCCUUUGGUAUAUUGGGUCCCAGGAAAAUAUCAAGUCCAUUGCAGAUCGAUUCAACGUUCAAGAAUCUACAUUUGUUACGCACAACCGCAGGCUACUCAAUGUAUUCAGCGAGACACUUUGUAAAAAAAUUGUGGUGUGGCCAAGUGCUAAUUCAAAAUCGCAAACCCUACUGAAAACUCAUUCAUAUAACCCCUAUUGACAAACUAAUAGCUUAAAACGACAUCUUUCGUAUUGCUGUUUUGUGGAUGAAUAGAAUCUUAAAAUUUUGAAU